UGUCUGAUGGCAUCAACUCGCAAUGCUGCCGACAUGCCCGCGUCGGACAAGACGGCACCGCCGCAAAAGUCGCUGUUCAAGCACAGUUUUGCCGGUGUUGCCGCUGGUGGGAUCAGCACUGCCAUCCUGUACCCGCUGGAUCUGGUCAAGACACGCUACCAGAUCCACGAAAACUCUCCGCGGGCGUUCCGGUCGUUAGGCCAAGCGUUCGCAUCCAUCGUCAAAUCCGACGCUGGCGGCAGUCGAUACAACUUGCGCGCGCUGUACCAGGGUAUGAGUCCAGCGUUGUACGGCACCACUCUGUCGUGGGGUCUCUACUUUCUCUUUUACGAGCACGCCAAGUCGUUCUACGCCGAGCAGACGGUACUACCGGCGUGGGCGGGCCAUUUUGCGUCUGGCAUCCAAGCAGGCGCCAUGUGCGUGCCGCUAACGAACCCGAUCUGGCUGGUCAAAGUUCGCAUGCAAGUCCAAGGCACCCAUCCGUCGCAGGUGCCGUACAAGAACGUCGCCAAUGCAUUGCAGCGCAUCGUCGCAGAAGAAGGCGUGGCCGCCUUGUACAAGGGAGUGGUGCCAGCUCUCUUCUUGACCACCCACGGUGCCUUCAAGUUUGUAGCGUACGAAUGGCUCAAGACAGAGUACAACGACCACAUUGGCACCCCGUUGGGAAUCCCUCAAACGUUGGUCAUGGGGGCCGGCGCCCAAGCGUUUGCGUCCACGGCCACGUACCCGUACCAAGUGAUUAAAACUCGGCUUCAACAAGGAGGACCCUCGGCCGACAAGUACAAAGGCACGUGGGAUUGCACCAAGCGGAUGGCCCAGUACGUGUGGUUUGGCGAAAAUUAAAUAUAUAUUAUGUAUUUUGUGAAUAAUGACAAGAUGUUGAACCAAUGUUUUUUGUAGACUCGAAGGCUUGCGUGGGUUUUACAAGGGGCUCACGCCAAACUUGAUCAAAGUGCUGCCCACGGGAGCGCUGAUUUUUGCCGUGUACGAGUACGUGUACCAACUCUUAGAUGGCCCCAAGUAGAUCGAUAAAAUCGAGAUUGGGCUACGCUAGUUAACAACAUCAACUAAAGUUAAGCGGGUGAUUCAGUUGGCUGGUCACGGCAUUUGAGC